AUGCGCAGUCUAUUCUACAUCGCUCUUGUCUUUGCUGCUUGGGCUCACAGCAGCGCCGCCACAGCGUUCCCUCAUCCCAACGAGUCUGGGCUAUUGUCGCAGAUAUCUCCUGACUCUGCGGCCCAGGCCAAGAGAUCCCUUCGAGUCGCUGGCCAAGAAGUUGUCCAGAGCACGGGGAACGGGUACGGUGGGGUCUUCAAGUCAGCAGGCACGAGUGUCAACAAAAUCAUCCCAAGGCCAGAUUCUGCGGACAUUAAAAAACUCGUCGAAAAGGCCAACUUGGUCCGAUUGAUCAAAAAUGCUGCGAAUAAAAGUAACAAGUAAAAGGUGGUUCAGCUCUCAAGUCCUCGCGUCGUAUAGAAGCCCGGGAAAGUAGCCUCAGCUGCAAAGAGAGAGUCUGAAGCUACCCUCUGACAGUGCGAAAAAGUCAUGACGAGGUCAUUCU